AUGGCCUCAUAUGAGGCCAUUUGUCACCUAGACACUAGAAGGCGCGGCAGCGUUGGUCGCGUGCGCCCAACGCUCACCACUGGCUGUCGUUCGCCGGCUGGCCCGGCGAGGGCGCAGGCGCGGCGAAGCCGGACUGGCCUUGCGUGGGGGCAGACGUCACGAAGCCGGGCUGGGCGAACUGCUGCGAGGCGUACUCUUGCGGCUGACCAUACUCCUGCGGUUGACCAUACUCGUGCGGCGCGGCAUAUUCGUGCGCGGCAUAUUCGUGCGCGGGCACUGCGGCGACGGGAGCCUGGUGCAAUGCCGGGUUGA